UGGUAAUAUGCCUAUAAAUGAGUGAAUAGUGAGGAGUAAAAUAAAGAGAGAUAUAUGUAAUAUAAAGACAAGUGAGAGAGCAGUAAAUAAGUUAACAGAGAACAAGAGGGCCAGAUAAGCAUAAUCUAUUUUAAAGCAGAAAUAGGAGCGGGAGAGAGUAGGAAGCGAAGGAAUCAACUUGAUCAACUAUGUGGUGGUUGCUGGUAGUUAUUGUUAAAGUCUGUCUUGGAACUUGGAGAGUGGUGGACAUAUAUAAUAAUACGGGUACUGGACCCAGUGGUUUUACACAUGCCGCGAGUACCUUUCAAAAGGAAAUACACAGCCGGUUGUCAAUACUCACGCUAACAUACGGCAACUCUUUAAUGUCUUGCUGAUCUAAUUAUUUUAUAUAUUUUUUUUACCAAUUGUUUUGUUUAUUUUUACCACCAGUUUCUCUGUUCCGGUUCUUUUUAAUUUUUUUGACAGUGAUUGACAAUCAUGGAGUUUGACAGAAGGUUCAUCAACGUCCUGAUGCUGAGCUUUGGCUUCAUGCUGGUUUUUACUGCCUUCCAAACAAUGGGCAAUAUUGAAAAAACGGUCCUGGAAAGUAUUAAGAAUGAAGACUCUAGCUUUAGUGGGGACGGUUACACAAGUUUGGCAAUUAUUUACGCAGCACUUGCUGUGUGCAACUGGUUGGCGCCUUCAUUUAUAUCAAUAACUGGUCCACGAGUCGCAAUAUUCGUCGGAUCAUGUUGCUACGCAUUUUUUAUAGCGUCAUUUUUAAGCCCAAGUGCGGAAUUUCUGUACACGGCAUCAGCGAUUCUCGGUUUCGGUGGAUCGCUGAUUUGGACUGGUCAUGGCCAGUACCUGACGGAAAAUAGCGAUUCCGAAACCAUGUCACGUAAUGCAGGUGUCUUCUGGGCAAUCUUCCAGUCGUCAUUGUUUGCUGGUAAUUUAUUCGUCUAUUUUAUGUUCACUGAGCCAACGAUCGAAGGAUACACGAGAAGACUUGUCUUCUGGGUGUUGACAGCCUUAUCAAUCGUAGGAACAUCGCUGCUUGCGUUCUUGAGAAGGCCGCCACUGUUGCUGUCACUUGGUGAAGCGGAAGGUGUCUCGACUGCGGAUAAAGAGCUGGCCAUGCCUGAACCCCAAGGGCAAAAAGGAUGCACUGCUGCUUGGAAUGCAUUCAAGGACGCCUUGAAACUAUUCGCGACACGGAAAAUACUUUUGCUGUCGUUGACAUUUAUCUAUACCGGUCUGGCACUGACAUUUUUCUCGGGCGUAUACUCAUCGAGUAUAGGAUUUACCGAGGCCAUGGGUGAGAAACGAAAGAGUCUCGUUGGAUUAUCAGGAAUUUGCAUUGGUAUUGGUGAGGUAGUUGGUGGUGCUAUCUUUGGAAUGCUGGCUUCCAGAGCUGGUACCAUUGGCCGAUGCACCGGCUGGCCGGUCGUUGUUAUCGGAUUUUUCGUUACUCUUUUUGCCUACAUCACGAUACUUUUAAAUUUGCCUAAUGACUCACCAUUCAGCGAUACCAAUCAAACGGGUUUCAUUGAACCCUUGCCUGUGUUGGCGAUGAUUGGAAGUCUUACUCUGGGUUUCGGUGACGCCUGCUUCAAUACUCAAGUCUAUUCGCUUUUGGGAGUUUUGUAUGCGAAGGAGAGCGCGCCCGCAUUUGCGCUUUUUAAAUUUUGCCAAUCAGUCGCCGCAGCAAUUAGCUUUGUUUACAGCAGUUACAUCGGCUUGCACGCCCAAUUGUCUAUUCUGAUAGUGUCUAUGGUAUUUGGAACCGCGGCGUUUUGUUUCAUCGAGCGCCGCUAUUCCAGAAAAAUUUGCGAUGACGCGGAAACUGAUACUACGUUGGGUAACAGCGUAAGUGUCGAUGAAUUAAAGAUGGAGGAAAGUACCACUGAUAAAUUUCUAUUGAGAAGACGCUCGGUUACAUUGAAACCUCUUAAAGUUAAAGAUGAACGAGUUGCCACUUUAAAAAAGGUAGCGGCUAUUCUUAAUAAAUCUGAAGUGAAUAGAACUCCUGAAGAAUUACAACUCCUGUCUUCCUGUGGCGACAUUGUAAAAGAGGUUAAUUUGAGGCAAAAGAAAAGAGAUAAAGUAAAAGCAAGACUAGAAGAAGUUGAAGAUCCCGUAGAUGUUUUGGAGGAAAAAUGUAUGAGACUGGCAGCCGCAAUCAGCAGAGCAACGACGUUAACUGUUUAUACAGGUGCUGGAAUAAGUACGGCUGCUUCUAUUCCCGAUUAUCGUGGCACUAAUGGCGUCUGGACACGCAUGCAACAGGGUAAAGACAUCGGGAAUCAUGAUCUCAGUUUGGCAGAACCAACAGUCACACAUAUGGCGUUGUAUGCACUAUACAAAGCCAAUAUUCUUAAGUAUAUAGUAUCGCAAAAUUGUGAUGGACUUCAUCUACGCAGUGGUAUACCACGAACGUCAUUAUCUGAAGUUCAUGGGAAUAUGUACGUGGAGGUAUGUCGGAAUUGUAAACCGUCACGUGAGUACUGGCGACUCUUUGAUGUGACGGAAAAAACAGCGAGAUAUUCACACGGCACUGGCAGGAUGUGUCAUAAAUGUAAUUCUGUGCUCCAAGAUUCGAUAGUGCAUUUUGGUGAGAGGGGUAAUUUACCGUGGCCGAUAAACUGGAAUGGUGCUAGUCGGGCGUCUAAACAAGCUGACGUAAUACUGUGUCUUGGUUCAAGUCUCAAGGUAUUAAAAAAAUAUCCGUGGCUGUGGCAAAUGGACAGGCCGGUACACAAACGAGGGUCGCUAUAUAUCGUCAAUCUGCAGUGGACUCCUAAAGAUGAGAAUGCUGCGCUUAAGAUAAAUGGACGUUGUGACGAUGUUAUGACAAGGGUUAUGAACCACUUAGGAUUAGAAAUUCCACAAUACAAUAGGUCAAAAGAUCCAAUCUUUUACCAUGCUAUAAGACUGCAACCCAGUGAGCUUAGCACGACAUCACAGCCGUGCUUAGAAGAGCCUCCAGUAGCUUUAAGUUGUAGUGAUAAGUCUUUGGAAGUAAGUGAAGAUGCGGAUGAGAUUAUAAGUUCACAUAAAGAUAAAAGUAAAGAUGAAGAUGAUGAUGAUGAUGAUGAUGAAGAUGAAACAAUACCAAAAACGGAAGAAGACUGCACAUCGCCGAUUGGACUUGCUGAACAAUUAACCGCCUACUCGGCACCAUUUUUCACAGCAUUACCAUUCCUAUCCAUGGGCUUGCCAUUUCCCCCGAUGUUUUUCUAUCCUCAGAUGACGCCAUUGCUUUACUAUCCGUUCAUACAGUCGGCGACGCUGAAGCAGGAAAAAAUAAAAGAGCCUGAACCGAAACCGGCGUGUGGGUUUUGCAUGGAGAACGAGCGCUCGCCAGUUUGUUUAUUUUACCAGCUCGACGGCAACGACCAAGCGCCCAGCGAAGUCGCGGCUAUCGAUACUGAAAAUGAAAGCAAUAUCGAACAAAUAAUAACUGAAACUGAUGACGCCUCAGCUCCCGCUGCGACCGCUAAAAAUCCCGGGUGGUUUGGCAAAGGCUACCGCAAGGGAUUACGUAAGAAACGGUAGCAUCGGCUAAUCUCAGCAUCGUGAUUGAUAUUUCACGCUAAAAUAAUCGUAGACAGCAUGAAUAUCAAACGAGGAAUAAUUCCCCAUCCAUAAGUAAUCUCCUUAUCAACAAACGCAAGAAGUGCUGGUCUAUUAGGACGCACUAAUUCCAUUAUCAAACUCAUCUCCAAGUUGAUUCAAUCUCGGCGUAUAAAUUAUUUUCAAUUAUCGCGAGAAACCUGUUGUGUUAUUAUUUUAUUAAGUAUUAUCAGCAUUAUUUAUUUAUACUAUACAUGUUCAUAUACAUUAUUAUUGUAACAAUAAUAAUAAUAAUAUUAAUAAUAAUAAUAAUAAUAAUAAUAAUAAUAAUAAUAAUA